AUCAAUUUGACAAUACGAUUACCUUGAUCAUUUUGCCGUGGUCUUGUGUAAACCUCAUAGUGAAAUCAUAUUCUCCUUGAACUCACGUUGGUGAUUAUUAACAUUUAAUAGAUGUGGUAACAUUGACAUGAGCGUUAUUAAAAUCUCUCCAAUUCGUUUGAAACUAGUGAGACAUUUGCAACCAAUUAAAGUUUAAUAGUUUAAUAAAGUAAGCAGUAAGCUAUGGAUACAAUGGCCACAAACACAUGUGACGAGAACUCGCCUGCUAAAGGAAUGCUCAAUGCCAAGAUUUGCUUUUUGGAAAAAUCUAAGAUAGCAAAAGAAAAACGAGAACGACAACCAAACUGGACGGAGACAGAAAAACAAUUGCUUCUUUCACUGACCGAAUUGCAUAGAUCAACACUGGAGAACAAAGGAAGCGAUACUAUGACUAUCAAACGUAAAUCACAAGCCAGGGACGAAAUAGCCUUACAUAUGAAAGAAGCCGGCUAUAACCGGUCGAAAGAGAGAUUGAAGCAACAAUUCGGACGCAUACGGAGUGCAAAUAGAGCAAAAGAAGCUAUGUCAAAAGCAAAACCACUAGUUGUAAACACCAAUUUGAAUAUGUCAGCAAAUGGUUGCCUCAAGUUGGCCCAGAGUAACCAAGAAUAUAAUGAAAUAAAAAUGAAUAUACUUCAAGAGGAGCUUAACAUUAAAAAUGAAAUAUACUGUUCAACGGAUGAUACAUGCGAAGAGCAAGAUCUAAAUCAACUAGAAGAGAUGUGUAAUACUUAUGGUCCUGAAUUGGAAAAUGUUCAACAUUGGGGCCAAGACAAACGCCGUGAACAUGAUAUAAGUGCGACACCUUCUUCGGCUGGAAAUUAUUCAGUUGAGCACAUCAAGCGUACAAAAAGCAUUUCUUCAAUGGAAAAAUCAGAUUUCGAACACAUAAGACGCCCAGUAAAAAAUGAAAAUUCCUUUGAAAUCAGAGGAAGAAGAGUUAGCAACAUUUCUCCAAUCAGAUUGUCGGGUAUUCGUGUUCCAUCCACUCGAGAGGGACGACUUCGCCAAGUGCAUAUGUAUCGGAUUGCAGUGGAACGAGAACGUAUACGCAGCUUAAAAGAACAACAAAGGCGUGACCGCAUAAUACAUCGCAAAGAUGUUCAAAUUCAAAACCUGAAACUGAACAUUCUUCGAAACCUAUGUAAUCAAAACAAAGAAAAUCAAAUCUUGUAGUUAUUAUCCACAUGUUUAUUUUACGUCAGUGUAGCACAUUUCACCGUCAUAUGCAUGAAAUAAAUAUAAUUAUAUUUUCUUGAUCAGCAUAAAAUAAUGUAACAAUUUAGACGUGCUCGUCAUUCGGUUGUUCAUCUGUUGUAAUUAUGUAGAUAAAAUUGUACUCAAAUGUUUUUUAGGUUCGUCGAAUUUGUUGUUGAAAAUAGGGCUUCAUGUUUGGUAUAUAAUUAUAGACUAUAAGGGGGAAUGAUUAUAUAGGGAUAAAUCGACAGUUGUACUAACAGUAGACAGGAAAAAUCUUUGUAAAGGACAGUUCACAUAGUUUGUCCAGAUUUUGGUGCAUCAGUGGAUAACGAUAUAGUGAAUAUUGAUGACUUCAACCACAUUGUACAACGGAAUUGUUUUUAAAUUGGUAUAUGUUGGUCGAAAUCUGUACCAUCUUCUAUAACUGGAAUUUAUCUAUACUGAGGAAUUUAUACGGGUCCGUACCUUCCAAUAUUUGGUAUUUUAAAAUUUUAUUUGAUUUUUAAAUGAAAAUUUUUGAAAUUUUGGGCAGGAGUGUUGCUUUCCAAUUGUGCAAAGUUUGGACCGGCUGAACAUAACUACUUUUUACUUCAUAUAAAUAGAGAUUCAUAAAACAACAGGCAUUGUCUUGCUUUAAUUCUAUAAAAGCGAAAUAAUCCUCUCAAACGACCACUUGUUGGUGUAGCGCCGCCCCACAAUAUGCUUCCACAAGAAUUGGUCUGUUCAAGAACUGCAAGAAUGUAAAAGUUAUUACUGCGAUAACCGAAUUUCCCUUUAUGAUAUCGACGAAAAUUGCAAAACCGGGAGAUUUUUGUUGGUUGUAUGUAAGGUGAGCAUUUAUUAUAAUUUGACAUAGGCAAAAAUUAAUUAGGCAAAUUAAUAGAUCCGUCGGGCUGUGCUACACAUCGCAAUUUUGAUCGAUUUUUACAAAAUUAAAGAAACAGUCAAUUUAUUUGGUAACAAAGGCAAAGAUCCUGCACAACACAUUUCCCAUAAUUGUUUUUUUACUUUUAAUGUGCAGAGGUUAAAUGAAGCAAAACUUACAUCGUUUUAAAGACUAUGGGCUGAUAUAUAUCAUUUUGUCUUUUAAAUAAAUAACAUAGUUGAAAGAUAGACAAAUGGAUUAAUAAAUAAAAUU